CGUCGUGUCAUCAGCUUUCUACCAGUAUCCCAAGACAUCCCCCUACUAAAGACAACACCGAAGUCAUGUUGUUCGGAAAAGCGGCCUUUGCUUUCUUGAUUUGCUUGGCAGCGUCUGAGGCACAGCUUCCCCCUGGCAUUCCAAAACCGAAAUGCAAUGGCGGUUUGAUUCCCCACGAAGAAUACUGUCAACUGUUUUACCAAUGCGAUCAACAAGGGAAUCGUGUUGAGCUGGCAUGCCAGAAUAAUACUCUCUGGAGUUCUUUCUUGAACGUCUGUGUGUUUCCCUUCCAGGCUAGGUGCUCUACCUGGAAAUGUAAUCGUGGCAGUCAAGCCAGAUACCCGGACGUGUGCUGCGACUCAUAUUGGCAGUGUAAUAACGGUCUUCUAGAGCAACGCAACUGCCCUACUGGACAAACAUUCGAUAAAUUUAACGGGCAAUGUUCCCAAUUCUCUGGUUGUCAGGAUAAAGAACAAUGUGGAUUCCUUAAGGUCCCAAAAACCUGUAAUCUGACCGCUGACCCUGAGGGUGACCCGAGAGUGUAUUAUGAGCUUGUGACAGGACUUCGAAGACCAUGCGCGCUAGGUACUGCGUUUAACUCUUCCACUUGCAGUUGCUCUAACUUGAGCCCUAUAGUUGGACUGUCACUGGGAGUACAUCCUAACAAGAGACUGGACCCACUUUGUCGGCCAUCAUAUAGCAUUGUCUUUGACCAACUCCCUUUAAGCGCAUAUUCCGAGAAGAUGAACGCAAAUCUCGGUUUUGGCUUGAAAACCAAUGGAGUAACCGUUUCAAAUGGCGAGGCAUCUCUUUCCGCAUCCAUUAGCUCUGAUGGUAGCGCCCCCUACAUCUACUCUUAUUUCUUCGCGGCCAACCAACUGCUUGCUCCACUCCAAUUUACUCUAAGCUUCAUAACUGAGAGCAUCGCACCCGGCCAGUCAUUCGACCUGGUCUCCAACGCUUUCGACAACUCUAACAACCCAGGUUGCAGCCCAGCCAAGCUGAGAGUUACUGUCACCUACGUGGCUGUCAACAGCUGGCGAUACGACGUCCAUGUGGAGGACUCCGAGGGAGUUUUUGAUACACUCAUCUUUACAGUCAGCGCACCAAUCACUUCUUACCAGAAGUUCGUUUUCUUAUUUAGUAAUGGACAAGCCCGAGCCCUAGUCUUUGAUCUUGGUCCGUUCAAAGAGUAUAACCUGACAAACAAAAUUGCCGAUGAGAGGUCCACAGUCGAACUUGGACCUAGGCUUGCGGUCAGCAGGUGUGGCUUGACGUUCGGAGAAGGGCUCGAGGGCAAGAUUCGCGAAGUCAGCUUCAGCGAAGGUUGCGGUACCAUCUAA